GGGCGAGAAACAGUGAGGCGCUAUUAGCGUCAUUUCAACAUCCGCCUGUGAAAGUGCCGAGUAAAUAUGACCGUUUCACGGUUGCCGUCUGCUGCGCUUUCUUUAAAGCAGUUUUUACACAGGCAGAAUGUGUUGGGGAUCUACAGAAACAUGCUGAGGACCAUACGACGGGUGCCAGAUGAGGCAGAUAGGAAGUUCUUGAGAGACUGGGCCAGAGAGGAAUUCCAUAGGAACAAGAAUGUCACACAUGAGGAUGCAAUCCGUAUGAUGAUCACACAAGCUUCCAAUCACCUGGCGGAGCUGCAGAAGUCUCUGGCGUUGGCCCACAGUUAAUGACUGCAAGCUGCUGGAGUUCCUGUUUUGUACUCUAUUUGACUGGUUUUUAGUGAGGAAUAAUAUUUGGUGUGGGAAUGUGGGAAUCGAGACCACCUGAGAGUCUGAUUGAACCCAUCUGCCACGUGUGUAUAUUGGCACUGUUUAUACUGUACAUGUGUUAAAUAAAGAAUAAUGUAUGAAAUGACAAACACCUUGA